AUGUCCCCCAAUGAUCAGCCUCCAGGGUGUCUCCAUGCUCAGUGCUGUCACUAUGCUCCUCCUGCGGGGAAUGAUUCUCAACCUCGGUUGCCGCGGGAGGCAGUUGAGCGAGGACGGACAGGGACUGAGGAUCAUUGUCGGACCCCACCUAAGACCAAUGGCAACGGCGCAUUGAGGGGGACUACAUUUUUGGAUGCAGUCGGCAUUCCACCAGCCAAUCAUCAAGAUCAACUUGUCGGCCCGGAAUGGAGUCGGGAGUGGCCACCAGGGCGAUGGUGGUUUGGGAGACAUCUCACAGAUACCCUGCUCUUUGUCUUUUUCCAUGGCAAUGGCAAUCUCUAUCAGUCCUUAACGGAUCACCUCGUCAAUGAUUUCCUCAAUCGACGGGAACCGCGUAGGGAUCGACAUUGGUCAAGUCCUCCCCGCCUACAAAAGGCCAAGGAUUCUCCGCGUCACAUCGAUAGACUGAGCAAAGGAGGCAUCAGAAAGGACUGGCCGCAGCUCGGGAUUCCUUGCACGAAGAUUGGGCUUUCGUUUUGGCUUCGAAGGAUUCCAUUGCUUGAUCUUCAAGGGAUGGUUCAUAAUGGAUCAAGAACGAUCCAGGAGCGGAGAUCUCCAGCUUUUAUCGAGUCGCUCUCUCCUCUGCACCCACGAGGGCAGAGCCACCCUCCUUCGACGGGGAACGAGAGCGCCUCGAUUGUCGAGCCAACAGGACUCACUAGCGACCCCCAAAACAAGGGUUUGAUUCAGCUGGACUUGGGAGAGAAGGGUCGGACCGACUCGAUGCGCACGGAAAUGGAUAGAAACGUCGGUGAUGUGGCUCUGUUGGUGACUUUGAUCAGCUGGCUACCUCUCGUCGUCUCCAUUGGAUGGCAUCGCCCGGAAGCGAUUCUAUCCGGGCGCUCGAGCAUCGUAAUCGAAGACGAACGCGUCAUCCCCGAGCAUGCCUGGCAAUCCCUCGGCAAGAAUGACACCAUCACUCCCCUCGCUGUUGCAGUUGAGUCAUAA